CGUAAUGUGCCCGAUGUGGUCCCAGAAGUUCCUCCAGCGACUCCAUUGACCGGUUACACGGACAUCGGUGUUGAGCUGACGAUCGAUGUUACAAAGUCAAAGUUUGUGAGGCAGCCAGGGGAGUUAUUCAGUUGGCAUCUUCUGGAGCCUUACUUGCAUGGAAUUGCCGGAACAAAAGGGGUCAGGAGUGGGGAUGGGUUUGAGCCGGUGGUCAAUCGUGACUUUGCUUUGGUCAACAAACAUUUAGACUAUUUGAAAGAGAAAUAUGGCAUUCCUGGGAAAUGGUGGAUUGAGAAGAAUAAGGGAAUGGUUCAGCAGAAUGAUGGAUCUUGGAAAUUUAUGGAUCAUGAAGAAGGCUAUAUCCCAACACCACCACCAUGACGUCGAUCACUAUAUUACUUUAAUUUAGUGACUCAAUAUAUAAAUCCUUUAGUAAAUAACUUUUCUCUGUCAAAUUAAAGUCCCUAUAAGUACCAUACUAUAUGAAAUUGUUACUUCAUUCUAAUAUAUUGUUCUAAAAUUGUUAGCUGCUUGAGUUAGUUACUUUGUACUUUCUUAACAUCUUCUUAUAAUUCUGAUG